AUGAGUUUCCGCGCAUUAGUCGUUGGCGGGACUAGCGGUAUUGGCCACGGCAUCGCUUUGGCUCUAGCAAAGCGCGGCGACGUGCAAGUAACGAUAGCGGGAAGAUCGGUAGCGAGGGGUCAUGAAAUCGUCGAGCAAAUGUCAGCUUUAUCACCUUCGCAAACACAUCGAUUUGUUUCCGUUGACGCCUUUGAUCUCCAAAGUGUCCGGAAGCUGGCAAUCCAGAACGACCCCAAAGAUAUUGAUAUUCUCGUCAUGACUCAAGGAAUGGCAACAAUACAAGGAUACACUCCUACAAGAGACGGCCUCGACCAGAAACUACAACUUCAUUAUUUUUCACGAUUCUUUCUUGCUAGCCUCUUCGCAAAGAGUAUGAAACCGAACUCACGAAUAUUCACGGUUCUAUCUGCGGGCGUUCACGGAAAGUUUCAACAUCUGGAAGACGAUUUUGAACUGAAAAAUACCUAUUCGAUCAAAAAUGCAGCAGACGCGGCUGGUUUUUAUCUGGAUGCUGGAAUGGAAGCAAUCGCGAAUGACUGUCCAUCUCUUGCAGUAGCUCAUGCCGGCCCCGGAUUUGUGAAUACGAAUUGGGGCGCGGAAAUGCCAGCGUGGAUCCGAGCUCCGUUGCGCCCCCUCCAGCGAAUAUUCGGCAAGAGCGCCGAAGACUGCGGAGAAACGAUGACAAUGGCGCUGUUGAGGCUACCGACGGGUUAUUCAUUGAUUGACGAAAAUGGCAAAACCAUUGAAAAUGGGAUCAAACACACACGUGCUGAGCGAGACGCUAUCGUUCAGAAGACUAUGCUGUUGUUACCAGAUGUGUGA